AUGGCUUUUUUGAAUCAUAUUGAGUUUAGGGAAGCACUGCAAACCUACUCAAUUCAGAGAAGUGUGAACCUUAAGUUGAAACCUAAUGAAAAGAAAAGGAUAACAACAAAGUGUGUGCAUAAAGGAUGUCUUUGGCAUAUUAGAGGAAGCAUACAAGGCAGCACUGGUGAUUUUAAGGUGGUGACUUACUUUCCUGCCCAUAAGUGUUGCAAGAAAAUAAGAAACAAAUUGUGUAAUCCACCUUGGAUUGCUAAACAUUUUCUGGACAAAAUCAUGAGUGAGCCUAAUAUUAAGUUGCAUCAAAUUCAAUCCUUGAUCAGGAAAAAAUAUGGGUUGUAUGUGAGUAAAAAAAGUUGUAGAAGGGCAAAAAUGAUAGUUAUGCAGGAUCAUAUGGGUGAUUACAAAGAGGAAUUUGCUAGGCUUUAUGAUUAUGCUGAGGAGUUGAAGUCUACCAAUCCUGGCACUACUGUUGUGGUAAGGACUUCCAACAAUACAAUUCCUGGAAAGGAGGUGUUUAUGGGAUUUUAUGUAUGUCUUGGAGCACUGAAAAGUGGAUGGUUAGAGAGGUGUAAAAACAUCAUUGGUUUUGAUGGUGCAUUUCUCAAAGGGGUUUGUAAGGGUGAGUUGUUGUCUUACAUUUCCAAGGAUGGAAAUAAUCAAAUGUACCCUGUUGCUUGGGCUGUAGUUGAUAAAGAAUCUAAGGAUACAUGGUCAGGGUUCAUUAGGUGUAUCAAGCAUGAUUUGGAGCUGACAUUAACUGAAGGUGAAGGAUUGACAGUAAUGUCUGAUAUGCAGAAGGGUCUUGUUGUGGCACUUCAUGAUUUACUACCAAAUGCUGAGCACAGAUAG